GAAAUACUCCUCGCUGCAGAUGGAAUUGACUUCAGGGCCAGAGACAAAGAGGGGAGGGCUCCGCUAGAAUUGGCAGUUUCAAGUGGCGAUAUGAUGGUGGUUAGACUGAUCCUCGCCAAGGGUGUCCAAGACAUCAACGCCAAAAAUCAGAAGGGAAGAACACUGCUUCAUCUUGCUGCCGGUGGGGGUAAUUGUGGGAUAGCCGAAUUACUUCUCUGCCAAGACGGAAUUAACAUUAAUUCGAAAGAUAAUGAUGGUAGCACGCCAUUGCACACGGCCUCUGGUCUUGGAAACUCACGGAUAGUUUCUCUACUCCUCGACCAGGACAAUAUCGAUAUUAACUCCAAGAAU